AUGCCUCCUGUAGUAUCUCCUGUGCCUCCUUCAGCGUCUCCUGCGGUUACAGCAGCUGUUCCUGUGCCUGAUAUUAGUCCCGUGGAGAUCAGGAGUAGGAAAAGGAGGAGAGGCCCUCUUUGCCCUGCAGAAGGUGUGGCAUUGAAGAGAUUGCCGGAUGACUCCUACAAGGCUAGGGACAACACGAAGUGGCACUCAAAGCCAAACCCAACAAUGCCACCCAUCCUGAAGAUCGACCAGUUUGACACUGCCGGCCCUACCAUGGCUGUCUUCGGGUGUAGGACUCCUGUUGAAGUCUUUGACAAAUUUUUGCCAAAUACGUUGCUUGUAGAAGUGAUCGUCCACACCAACGACAAGAUCACCACCCUCCGGAACAAGUUCGAGCUGCAAAACGACCCCACCUUCAAGGACUUGAGCCUCAUGGAGUUCCGUGCCUUCCUUGGGAUUCUCGUCAUGACAGGGGCACGGAAGGACAAUCAUCUGACAUCGGAAGAGAUGUUCUCCAGGUCUCUAGGAUGCCCCUUCUACAGGAGCGUCAUGAGUGAGCGCCGCUUCGCCUUUAUUCUUAGGGCCCUACGAUUUGACAGCCUUGCCACGAGGGAGGAGCGUGUGAAGACUGACAAAUUUGCUCCCAUAAGGAGUUUGUGGAACCAGAUCAUUGCAAAUUGCAUUGCAAACUACGAACCCAGUGGGCAACUUACUGUGGAUGAGCAGCUCCUCGCCUUCAGUGGACGGUGCGGUUUCAGGAUGUACAUCCCGAAUAAACCAGCAAAGUAUGGCAUCAAGUUAGUUAUGGCCUGUGAUGCAAAGACGUUCUACAUGUGCAAUGCCAUUCCCUACUUGGACAAGGGGACUACCACUACAAGUACGUCCUUGGGAGAGUACUUUACGUUGGAAGUAACCCGACCCUUCAGGAAGGCUGGGCGUAUUGUUACGACGGACAACUGGUUUACUUCCCUGCCACUAGCCAAGGGUCUCCGUCAAUUUGGGAUGCAUUUAGUUGGCACUAUUCGUCCCAAGCCUUACAUGCCUUCUGUGAUGCUGACAACGCCCCUGGAAUUAGGCGAAUGUGUGGCCUCGUAUAACUACAAGGACAAGGUCACCCUUUUGUGCCAACGUGUAAAGUCCACGAAAAGGAUCCAGAUUCUUUCCACAGUACAUCACAGUCCCACAGUUAUUGAGAACCAGAAAAGUCAAAUUCAUAUGUUUUAUAAUGCCACAAAGGGAGGAGUCGACAUCUUCGAUCAGAUAUGUUCUGCCCUGACCUGCAGCAGGAAGACCAGGAGGUGGCCCUUAUGUGUCUUCUAUGCGAUUAUCAAUAUUGUUGUGAAUAAUUCCUUCUUUAUCCACCAAAACUUGUCUGGCAACAAGUUGUACAACAGGAGGUAAUUUUCAUUGGAAUUGGCCAUGGAACUCGGCCUUGAUGCAGCACUUGCUCGACUUGGAAACAAGAGGUACCUCCCAAGGGACUUGACUUACCUCAUUUGUUCUGUUUUUGAGGUAAAAGAGCCCAAAGACGAGACUCCAGACACUCCAAAACGAAGUGACAAGAGCAACAGAUGCCCUCUCUGCCCUUCAUCUUCUAAUACCAGGACCAAGCUUUUGUGUGCUAAGUGCCAUAAGCCUGCGUGUAACUUUCGUGUCAACUACAUCUGCGACCAGUGCCCGACCAGUGCCAACUCACGUAAUCUGGCAGUUUCGCUGAUAUCGGCAAUGUUUUUACAUCAAUGUAUUCAGGAAAUAUUGUAAUUGCAGCACACAAGUCGUUUUUUGUCCAGUUUUUUUACUUUAAAGUGUACAGUGCCAAUUAUUUAACUAAAAUUGUAUUUUUAUACUUAUUUUCGUAAUUAUGUAAGUACAGGGUAAUUUUCAUA